AUGCCCUACUUCCUGACUGUGCGUUCCACCUUACUUCCGGACUGUGCGUUCCACAUACAGGAAGUGAGUUUUCAUCGACUGCUGCUGCCUCGCAGUGUCCGUGGAGAUCAGGGUUACACAGUAGUGAAGAAGAUCUCUGGUGAGUGUGAGACACCCAGCAGUCAUCCUCGUGUGUCAGGUGGACUAAGCAGGACCCACAGCCCCAUCACAGUGCCUCCACCUCACUCACUGAUACAUGAGAGACACAGUGACCAGAAGAUCCUGGAACUCACCAACAAGAUCAUUCAGCUCCUGAUAGGAGAGGAGGGGGAGUAUAUAGAGGAACACAGGGGUCUGUACAAGGACGUGAUGAUGGAGAAUCACCGGCCCCUCACAUCACUGGAUGGGCCCAGUAACAGAGAUACCCCAGAGAGAUGUCCCCGUCCUCUGUAUUCCCAGGAUUUUACAGAGGAGAAUCACAGGAUCCCACAGGAGGAUCAGGUAGAACGUCUGUCUGAUAUUAAAGCAGAAGAUAUAAAGGGAGAAGAAGAGAAGUAUCUAACUGUUAUAAAGGCAGAAGAUACAGAGGAAGAAGAAGAGACGUAUGUGACUGAUAUAAAGGCAGAAUAUAUAGAGGGAGAAGAAGAGACGUAUGUGACUGAUAUAAAGGCAGAAGAUAUAGAGGGAGAGGAAGACACGUAUGUGACUGAUAUAAAGGCAGAAGAUAUAGAGGGAGAAGAAGAGAUGUGUGUGAGGGGUGAUCAGCAGUGUAAGGAGGAGGAGAUCCCUACAGAUAUCAGCACAGAUGGACACACAAGCAGGAAUAUCUCAGAAGGACAUCUAAUGUUAUCCCCGGAUUGUGACAUAAAAGAUAAUGACAGUAGACCGGAUUCUCCAGGAGAUAACCCCAUUACCCCAAUUAUACAUCCAGCUCUAUCAGCUGAUCCCCCUGAUCCUGGGAAAUGUCCUCCUGAUCACUCUGAUAUUGGUGCAUCUGUUACAGCUCUGACAGUAGAUACAGUGUUUCCCUGUUCUAUAGAUGCCAAAUGUUUUACAAAGAACACAAAGCUUAUUACCCAUCAGCCAGCUAAGGCAGGUGAGAGGCCAUUUCUAUGUUCUGAGUGUGGGAAAUGUAUAAGUAAAUCACAUCUUGUUCUACAUCAAACAAGUCACACAGGUGAGAAGCCAUUUCCAUGUUCUGAGUGUGGGAAAUGUUGUGUAAGUAAAUCACAACUUGUUACACAUCUGCGCAGUCACACAGGUGAGAAGCCUUUUCCAUGUUCUGAGUGUGGGAAAUGUUUUACACAGAAAUCAGCUCUUGUUAGACAUAACAGAAGUCACACAGGUGAGAAGCAAUUUCCAUGUUCUGAGUGUGGGAAAUGUUGUGUAAGUAAAUCACAUCUUGUUAUACAUCACAGAAGUCACACAGGUGAGAAGCCAUUUCCAUGUUCUGAGUGUGGGAAAUGUUGUGUAAGUAAAUCACAACUUGUUACACAUCUGCGCAGUCACACAGGUGAGAAGCCUUUUCCAUGUUCUCAGUGUGGGAAAUGUUUUGCACAGAAAUCAGAUCUUGUUAAACAUCAGAGAAGUCACACAGGUGAGAAGCCAUUUUCUUGCUCUGAGUGUGGGAAAUGUUUUACACAAAAAUCACAACUUAUUACCCAUCAGCAAAGUCACACAGGUGAGAAGGCAUUUCCAUGUUCUGAGUGUGGGAAAUGUUUUACACAGAAAUCAGCUCUUGUUAGACAUAACAGAAGUCACACAGGUGAGAAGCCAUUUCCAUGUUCUGAGUGUGGGAAAUGUUGUGUAAGUAAAUCACAUCUUGUUAUACAUCACAGAAGUCAUACAGGUGAGAAGCCAUUUCCAUGUUCUGAGUGUGGGAAAUGUUGUGUAAGUAAAUCACAACUUGUUACACAUCUGCGCAGUCACACAGGUGAGAAGCCUUUUCCAUGUUCUGAGUGUGGGAAAUGUUUUGCACAGAAAUCAGAUCUCGUUAUACAUCACAGAAGUCACACAGGUGAGAAGCCAUUUUCUUGCUCUGAGUGCGGGAAAUGUUUUACACAAAAAUCACAACUUGUUACCCAUCAGCAAAGUCACACAGGUGAGAAGGCAUUCCCAUGUUCUGAGUGUGGGAAAUGUUUUACACAAAAAUCACAACUUGUUACCCAUCAGCAAAGUCACACAGGUGAGAAGGCAUUCCCAUGUUCUGAGUGUGGGAAAUGUUUUACACAAAAAUCACAACUUGUUACCCAUCAGCAAAGUCACACAGGUGAGAAGGCAUUCCCAUGUUCUGAGUGUGGGAAAUGUUUUGCGCACAAAUCAGUUCUUGUUAGACAUCAGCAAAGUCACACAGAAGCCAUUUCUAUACUCUGAGAAAUAAAUCUGCUCUUGUUGCACACAAUAGACAUCACUCAGGUGAGGAACUAUUUUAUUUUGGAGUAUACUCAUCAUUGCCAUGCGUUGUUCUUUAAGGUUCUUAUCCUAUCUCCUAUGCUUUUUGCAAUAAGGUGGUAACAGCCUUAUUGGGGAGACAGGGUGGGUGGCAGUAGUGGGUGUGACCGGUUGUGGCAGUAGUGGGUGUGACCGGUUGUGGCAGUAGUGGGUGUGACCGGUUGUGGCAGUAGUGGGAGGAGAUGGGACAGGUGGCAGUAGUGAGGAGACAGGGCGGGUGACAGUA